AUGACAGAGACCGACGGGCGCUGCCAACAGCAGCAGCUGACCAAGCUGGUGGAGAACCAGCCGUAUGACGAGAGCCUGGAGGUGAACGACUCGGAGGAGGUGGCCAGCGAGACGGAGGAGGAGGAGGAGGACAAUGACGAGGAGUCGGACGAGUGUGGCGUGUCCCCCGAGGGCGCCUACGACCCGGCCGAGUUCAGCCAGCUGCAGGCGUCGGCCGAGAUCAAGGAGCUCUUCCAGUACAUCGGGCGUUUUGCGCCACAGGCCGUCGAGUUGGAGCUCAAGCUGAGGCCCUUCAUCCCCGACUUCAUCCCGGCGGUGGGCGACAUCGACCCCUUCCUGAAGGUGCCGCGCCCCGACGCCAAGGCUGACAAGCUGGGCCUCCUGGUGCUGGAUGAGCCGUGCACCAAGCAGUCGGAGCCCACCGUGCUGUCCCUGUGGCUCAUGGAGAACUCGAUGCAGCACAACGUCAUGCGGGUGAAGGUCAAGAGCCUGGAGAACGUCGAGAAGAGUGGCAAGGCCAUCGACAACUGGGUGGAGAACAUGAGCAAGCUGCACCGCGCCAAGCCCCCCGCCACCGUGCACUACAGCCGGCCCAUGCCCGACGUGGGCACGCUGAUGCAGGAGUGGCCCCCCGAGGUGGAGCGGCUGCUGGGCCAGGUGGGCCUGCCCACCGCCGAGCUCAAGUGCAGCCUGGCAGAGUACGUGGACGUGGUGUGCGCCACCCUGGACGUCCCGGUGUACAAGAGCCGCGUCCAGUCGCUGCACGUGCUCUUCACGCUCUACGCCGAGUUCAAGAACUCGCAGCACUUCAAGGCUCUCGCCGAGGGCAAGAAGACCACCACGGGGGUGGGCCGCUCGGGAUCGACGGACGCCGAGCGGCUGCCCUUCAACUGAGUCCCCCGAAUAAAGGAGCGUCUGUGCAAUGAAGCGA